AUGGGCGAUCGUCAAUUAUUUAUCGGUAAUUUAUGUAAUGUAACUGUAGAAACGUUACGAACAUAUUGUGAAAGAUAUGGUAAAUUAACUGAACUUUCAUUAAAUCGAGAUAAAGAUAAUAAUAUUUAUCAUUGUUUUGCUUUUGUUACAUUUCAAUUAGCACAUUGUACAACAGAAUUUAUGUCUAAACGACCACAUAUAAUUAAUGGUGAAGAAAUAUUUGUUAAACGAGCAUUACCACGUUUGACAGCAUCAAUUCCUGAAAGACUUGUUGUUACAAAUCGAUUAGUUAUAUCGAAUUCAACUAAAUAUGAUAAAGAAACUCUUCGAAAUUAUUUCAAAAAAUUAGGUUAUAUUAAAAAAUUUGAUUAUGAAAAAGGUUUUAUUGAUUAUAGGGAUUAUGAUGAUGUUGAUCGAAUUUUAAUUGCUCGACCACAUUAUAUUCAAGGUAAAGAAAUAUUUGUUACAAAAUUGAUUCCAACUGAACAAUCAGAUAAUGAACUUAUUAAUGAACAAUCAGAUCAAAUUACAUUGACAGAUGACGAAGAAAAUUUUAAAAUAAAAUAUAAAUAUCUUGAAAAACAAUUUGAAGAAUAUAAACAAAUUAAAGAAAAAGAAUUAAAUAAUUUACGAAAAGAAUUAGAACAAAUAAAAGAAUCAUUAUCUGAUAUAACACAAAUCAAAUUAGAUAAAUUAAUAAAAAAUCAACAAUUAUUUCAUCAACAAUUAUUACUUCGUUUAAAUCCAGAUGCAGAUUCGUUACAUACACAAAUGUGUGAAGAUUUUCUUCGUUCAACACCAAAUAAAAAACGUAAAACAACAACAUCAUUAACUGAUAAUGAAUACGAAUAUCUAACAUAA